AUGUUAGUGGAAGUGUCGAGUGGCAACGACCUCACUGGGCGGCUGGAGAAGAGUUCGCCGUUGACGGCGCUCAGUAGCUCCUGUCUCAUAGCGUUAGCCGUGGCCCGCGGUGAAGCUGAGCUCGUGAUGUGCGCUGUGACGUCACUUAUAAUUGCGCCGCCCGCUCUCACUGAACAGUUUGUACAGAUACCGACAAACCUGACUGUUAUGCAGCGAAGCGUCCAGGCUGUUAUACUUGGACCUCCAUCCCGCAACUUGUGGCUUAACUUCGGAGUGCCGCACAAAUCCCUCGUAUCAAGUUUCCCCGUGGACCUUCCGUCGCAACUGACAGCUGGUUCGGGAGAGCUUGUAGUUCGUUCUUUAGUGUCCGACGGUUGUUACCUAUACAUAUAUACGUCCAAAGGCCUCCUUAAAAUUGGAUCUGGUUACGGCAGCUCGAUAAGGCAGCAUGUGUACUUGUAUAAAGCUGAUUUCUUUGCUAGCGACCGUCAUGGUUGGCUUGGAUGUUGUCGGAACAAACUAUAUGUUCGGAUUGGUCGGAAGAAAACUGAAGUGCACGAGGUCGAUAAAGAAACGUUAGAGGUGAAGAGCCUACUGUACUUGGAGACGGGCCAAGCGGGUCCGGAGAACAAAUCGGCUGUGUUUACUGAUAGCAACCAACUUGGAUUGAUCCUUUUGUCUAAUAACGACAAUCUGACAAUAAAGAUGUAUGACGUGGAAGCGAACGUCGCGGAACGCGCUCAAGGCGGUCGGUUCACGUUGACAUCGCGACGCGAGUUCCACGUGAAUUUGCUUCGUCGCCGUACAUUGGUCCUCGGCAGGCCGUCCUUCGACGACGGACUGUCCAGGAUCUUGGUUGACCUUGACACUCCAAUGGCUAUACAACUCGAUGACAACGAUGAUGACCCACUGCUGGGUAUAUGCUCAGGACAAGACUUCGGACUUUUGUUGACAACGUCGGGAAAGGUAUACUACGCCGGCAAAGGAACGUCUCUGGGAUAUAAAGUGCCGACGCCUCACACGGGGCGUUGGACUCUGAUGAAAGAGACACUAUUCAACAAACAAGAUGUGUCCAAUAUUAAAAUGUGCAAAGUGGUGCAGGUGGCGUUAGGGCAUGAAGGCGUACACGCUAUCUUAGUGUUGGACAACGGCUCAGCUCUGUUCACUGGCGUGGCGAGACGUGGAGAGGACGGCGAUGCUACCCGCCAUCGGCGAACACCAAAGCCUACGCGACCAAAGAAAAUUCACAGGGUGGAGAAAUAUAACAUAAUAUAUGCAGCUUGCAACUAUGGGUCGACAGCGUUAGUUACACGCGCUGGUGAACUGUUAAUGUUUGGCAAAGAUACGCAACAUUGCGAUGAAAAUGGAUUCGUCAUCGGUGUACGACAUGAGAGGAUCACACAGGUUUCAUUGGGAAAGGCGCACGCAGCAGCGCUCACGAACUCUGGCGAAGUUUACACUUUCGGAAUAAAUAACAAGGGUCAAUGUGGCCGAGAAUACGGUUAUAGCAAAGAGAAACCGUACAGGAGCUCGAGCGCCGGCAGCGGCGGCAAGGAGGAAGCCCGGAUAUGCACCGGCGCACAUACGUGGACGAUGGAGUACUGUCGAGUGUGCGUAUUGUGCUGUGAAUGUACCGGAUUCGCCGGAGCUUGCCUUUGCGCAGCAAUGCCCAACAGGUUGCCCGGCGAGAGGUGCGGAUGCGGUGAAGGCGACUCGGGUUGCACCGUAUGUGGCAUCUGUAAGAGAUGCGCUGAAGCCUCCACCUCUACGGCCGGCUCCUCGCGAGCUGAGGAUCCUGUUUGCUCUAAUGAUGCACUUUGUGGAGGAGACAGUGAGGCAGUACAAAGCGACGGCUGUAGCGCAGGGGCGGAGGCUGCGACUGCGUGCGCUAGUUCCGCGAACUCGGGGCCGGAGUCAGAGCGCGAGACGGUCAAAGUGAACAGCCUUGCGCCAGCCCGCAUCGUCGUGCCCGGCGGACAUAUUAUCGUGUCCGUCGCGUGUGGUCUACAACACACCAUAUUGCUCUCUGAACAUGGUGAGGUGUUCACAUUUGGUUCGAACCAAUGGGGCGCUCUCGGCGCCGGCGACAUCGCGCCGCACCACCGUGUGGUGCGCGUCAGAGUGCCGCGCGCGGCCUCCAUCGCUGCGGGCAGCAACCACUCCGCCAUACUUACGAGGGAUGGCGAGCUUUACACCUUCGGCAGUUAUCAGAAAGGGGCACUUGGUAGACCGCGUCAAGAGGAACCGCGGACUGACCGCAGCCCGGUGUGGUACGCGACGCCCGGUCGGGUGCCAAAGAUCGGCUCCAGGCACGGCUGUCGGGCCGUAUGGCUUUGCGCUUCGGGCGAUCAGACAUUCGUCCAGGUUUCCCAGGCUCUCAUUAACACGGAUACGCUAUUCAGUGCGACUAUCACGGCAAACAGUAACAGCAUAGGUCAGUAUUACUCAACAGCCGGCUAA